AUGGACCAGGCAGACGUGCCGGCGCUGCUGGCGCGCCUGGCCAGCGACGAGGAUGCCGCCCGCAAGAUGGCUGUGUUCAAGCUCCAGUCCUCUAUCAACGACCCUGCCUUUGCCGACGUCUUCAUCUCCGCAGGCGGUCUCGUCAUUCUGCGACGCCUCAUCAUGAGCACCGGCGGCAACACCCUCGCAUACUCGCUCCAAUCCCUGAGCAGGCUGCUCGAGGUCGAUAUGGGAUGGGACAUAUUCGAGGGCCACAUGGCCACCGACCUUGUCGAGCGCAUCGUCGAGCUCAUCGUCAUGAACCCCUUGGUCAACAUCUUGAGAGGUGCAAUGUCUAUACUGGUUGCCCUCGUGUCUCACUCGCAGUCCGCCCCCAGGACCAACCAUAUCGCAGCCUCUGUGAAAGCACCCGGCACGUUUGGCUUCCGCGCCCUCAAGCCCGCUGUCGCCGCCUACCCCCAGCUUUUCGAGCACGUCAUCUCCCAGCUCCAAUCCGCCGAUCACGCUCUAUGCGCCAACGCAUUGAUGCUGAUAAACGCACUCAUACGAGAUGCCGUGUCGAAGGAAGAGCCGCGCAGUGGUGCAAACGGCACCAGGUCAGGCGCAAACGAGGACUGGUCAAAGUUCAUUAAAAAACUACAGGAUCUGGGUCUGAUCAAGGCGGUAUACAACCUGAUGCAGAGCUCGGCAAUGCAGGACCUUGCCCAGCCUCUGCUCGAGUUUCAAUCGCUUACCAAGGUGCUUCUCAGGAGGUGGAAGGAGGUCAAGGUCGACCUGGAGCGGCCGGAGCACCGGAGAGCACUCAAAGGUCUGCAUCUUGCCAGCGCGCCAGAUAAGUCCUUUGGAAAUGGAUCGGGCUCCACCACGCCGGUGGCGAUGGACGGCGACAAAAGUAACAGGAAACACAACCCAGAAAAGUGGCGCAGGCUCGGCUUUGAGACAGAAAGCCCGGCACAAGAGUUCGGCAACGCUGGGUUCCUAGGCAUGAUGGAUCUGACAGACUACGUGCGCAAGAACGAGGAUGGUUUCCAGAAGAUGCUCUUGGAGCAGUCGACUAGACCACUGCACGAGAGGUGCCCAGUCGCACGUUCGAGCUUGGCAGUGACGACAAUGCUCUUCGAGCAUUUUGAGGUGAACAAGGCAGACCUCGAGGACACAAAGGGCUACCAAGCGCUUGAGAACGUGAAGAACAACGACAAGAUCUUCAGGCCUCUGUUGCUUCAAUGGUCGCGGUUGCAUACGGCUGGUCUUCAUGCUUUCUUCCGGAUGUGGAAGGCGACAGGCGCGGAAAGGGAUGAUUUUGACAAGGUGGCUGAGCUGGUCCGAAUCCUCAUCGAACAGGUGGUCGGCCAGGCCAGCAGGAUGAAAGAUGUGGUGGAGGUCGAAGAAGAGCUACAGGAGCAAGAUUGUGGGCGACUACGGGAACUACAGAUGGAGCUUCUUGACUUGUCAUUCGAUGACCAGUGGGGACAGCACCUCUAUCAAGUGCGCGAGGAACUGAAACACGAAGCGUUGUCAUUCGUGAAGGAGCAACGCAUUCGUUGCCUGCUGCAAGGAGCUUGGUCCUCCAGGCCACUGCCACGACGAGAUCAGCCGGAAUAUCAACAGGAGGACGGUUCGGGCAAGAAAAAGCUUUACCAGCCGAAACCAUGGAGGUUUGCGAAGCUAUCCCACAACAGGCGCUACCUUCACUACGCCGACUUCGCGGAGAAGAUAGAGCCAGACCCCGGCCUUGACUCCCUUGCCGAGAAGAUCGACCUGAGCACCAUCAGCUCGGUGGUCUCGAAUGUGUCUGCCCCUAACGAGGACGUUCGGAGUGUAUCUAGCGGAUCCACGCUCAAGAACCAGGCGGCAAACGCCGGCGCAGCGACGGGUAUCAAUGCCGCACCAAAGACGACGACAAAGAUCACCAUCUACAGCUACGUGAGGCCAGAGGAGGCUGCGAAGGGUGGCGACACCAAAGAGCAGGCCAUCCUGACACUGUUCCCAUUGAACCACUCUCUGGCGUCCGAGUGGCUGGACGGCCUGCUCAUGCUGCUCAACCAGGCACCGAUCACGGCGGAGACAAACAAGCUGGUAACACUGGUCAGUGAUUACGGCCUGAAGAUAAGGCUGCUUAAUGUGAGGGUGGACGCCGUGUACCAGGGGCCGCCCCCUGGAGCGGGCGUUGUGCCGAGCAGGGAAGGACUGGACGACAAUUACUUCUAUGAGGUUUAG